CCAGCAUUCCCCAGCUCUCCGGGUGCCCGGAGGCAGCACUUCUUUUCCGAGCGAAUAUUCCUAAAUGAAUCCAUCAAACACCGAGAUGCGCCCUGACACGCGCUGGAGCACAGACCACCCGCCACCAUAGAAGGCUGCUGCCAGUGAACGGUGUCACAGGUGUUUAGAAAGUGUUUAACAUCAGCAGGUUAUGGAUCGAGGCCUUCUUCCUUCUCUCAUCCUCUUCAUCCUCGCCGACCUUGUCACAAGCUCCCACCCACCUGAGCAGAGUCAGGCCACCCUCCAGCAUGACUACUGUGUUCUGGGCGCGGGACCUGCAGGUCUCCAGAUGGGUCACUUCCUGUCCAAAUCCCAGAGAGACUACAUCAUCCUGGAGAGGAAUGCUGGCCCCGGCAGCUUCUUCAACAGAUACCCGAGGCACCGGAAGCUCAUCAGCAUCAACAAGAUCCACACCGGACGACACAACCGGGAGUUCAACCUCCGCCACGACUGGAACUCGCUGCUGAGCGACAGAGCUGAUCUCCUGUUUCAGCGGGUCAGCUCUGAGUUUUACCCCCCAGCUGACGCCUACCCACACUACCUGUCCAUGUUCGUGAGGGAGCUGGGGCUGAAGGUCCGCUAUGGAGUUGAUGUGGGCCGGAUCAGAGCGGCGAACCAGAGCUACAUCCUCACGGACCAGCGCUCCACCGACUACAGAUGCAGUGUCCUGCUGGUGGCCACUGGCUUGUGGGUUCCUCAUGAGGUGCCGUUUGUCGGUGCAGACCUGGUGGAGGGGUACGAGUCCAUCUCCACAAACCCGGACGACUACAAGAACCAGGCGGUGCUGAUUCUGGGGAAGGGAAACUCGGCCUUCGAGACGGCGCAAAGCAUCUUGGGCAGUGCCAGCUUCGUCCACAUGGCCAGCCGAAGUCCGGUCCGCCUGGCAUGGCAGACGCACUACGUUGGAGACCUGAGGGCGGUGAACAACGAGUUGAUCGACACCUACCAGCUGAAGUCUCUGAACGGGAUGGUGGAAACCCGUCUGGAGAGCAUCGCGAUCGCUCGGCGGAAGGAUUCCGGACGGAACCGGAGAAGAGAGAAGAAACUGUAUGUGAUGCUGCAGAAGUUUCUGGACGAGCCAGGAGGCUGGAACCGCUCUGACGUGAGCCCCGAACAACUCCCCGCCCACCACAUCGACAACUUCUCCAUGAGGAAGCCGUACGACCGAGUCAUCCGCUGCCUCGGCUUCAGAUUCAACUUCAGCAUCUUCGACCGCUCUGCCUGCCCGCCCAACAGUCCCAACACUAGAGGGCGCUUACCUCAGCUCACACCAUGGUGGGAAGGUCCGGACACGCCGGGGCUGUUUGUCCUGGGAACCGCUGCUCACUCUAGGGACUACAGGAAGUCUGCUGGCGGCUUCAUUCACGGCUUUCGCUACACAGUGCGUGCUGUCCACCGCCUGCUGGAGCGCCGUCACCACAGCGUCCCGUGGCCAUCCACACGACUCACUCUCACACAAUUGCACUCCUGGAUUCUGAAGCGCGUUGGUGAGGCGUCCGGACCGUACCAGAUGUUUGAGGUGCUGGGAGACGUCAUCCUGCUGCGAGGAGCUGAAGUGCUGUACGUGGAGGAGUUCCCUCUGCAGGCUCUGCCUCAGUUCUCCUCCCUCUCAGGCCACGAGGUGUCCGGCCACGGCCUGAUCGUCCUGGUGAUGCAGUACGGGAAAAAGAAGAUCGACUUUCUGGGCAGCGGACGGGCUGUGACGGACUGGACCAAGGCCUGGAGAUCCAACUUUCUACACCCAGUUCUCUACUUCUAUGAAACACUUCCUACAGAGAAAGAGAUGAGACUCCGCCCACACGGUUGGCCGUUGCCAAGACCCAAAGCUGUUCAUCACAUGGUGGAAGACUUCCUCACAGAGUGGGACAGACCGGUGUCUCACGUCCAGCCGCUGCGACGAUUCCUGGAGCACUGUGUCCAGACAGACCUCAGAGACUUCUAUGCAGAAACAUGUUUUCGGCUGGCUCUUACUCGCCGCACUCCACCGCUGUCCUGUCGUCAUGGAUACCUGCAGCAGCGGGGCCUCCCUCGUCGCAGCAACAUGCUGCCGCAGCAUUUUCCCAGCAUCCCACUGACACCUGCCGCGGAGGACAUGGCCGGCACUGACAUCGCUGCUGAGGCCUCCAGCUACAGAAUACAAGCCGAAGCCUCCAUGACUUCUGGCCUGAAACUGGAGUUAUGAUAGUUUUAAUCUGAGCGUAUUUUUUAAACGUUUUCUACCUCCACUCUGCUGGACUCUCUAGAGAGAGUUGACCAAACACCAUAUUCAUUUGCACACCAGAGAUUAUUUUGUUGCGAUAUAGAUACUGUACAUAUGAAGUGCAACGUGUCAAAGCAAAUGCAUAUUUUUAAAAAUUUCACUCAGCGACAGACAGUGUUGAUGAAGAAGAGGGAGACAGCUGAGUCGUGGAUGCAGUAAAUCAGGAUGUGAGGAGGAUGGUGGUGAGACCUGGUCCAAAAUAUCAAACCCACAGCACGCUUUUCUUUGCUUUAUUAGUAACGGUUAAAUGCCUCUGUAUAACUCUGCUGAGUAACUCAGAUAUUUUAUUCCUCACUGAUUACUUCUGUCAUCCAUCAAAGCCUCUAUAUUCAGUUGAUCUAUAUUUUUAUGUAUUUUCUUAUCAAAAUUGCAGCUGUUACAAGUAUGUGUUGCAGAAUGUAUUGCACUUUUAUUAUGUUGUUCCCCCGAGUAAAAGUGCUGAACAAAAAGAGCCAGUUUUUUAAAUCAUUUUAUUGUGUCGAUAUGUUUGCGCAGGUAUGAAAACGGCAAU